AUGUAUUUCCGGGACUUAAAGGUGGAAAAGAAGUGGUAUGAUGUUAAGGCAAAGCCGGUUGCUCCAUUUUCAUGGUACAGUUUGAGGGGUCCAGACAACCCCAAGGACAAGACCUACAAGCCUCCUGCUCCUACUUCUGCUUCUACUCUAACUGGCCAGUCUGAAGAGCCAGUUGUGACAGAGGCCCCUACUAAGCCUACACCUGACCCGCCUCCAGGACCUUCUACUUCAACUGACUUGCCUCCAGGGCCCUCUACUCCAGCUGGCCCGGGGAUCCCAUCUUCCAGGAAGCAUCCCAUCACUGCCCAUCAGCUGAGCCAGGCACUUUAUAGCAUGAACAACUGGAUGUCAGCAGCGACGUCCAAGUUUUCUACUCUAUCUUCCACUAUUGAGGCUCAGUCUGCACCACAGAUAGCUCAGAUCCCUCAGUCUAUUGAGGACACACUGAAGAAACUCCUGGAGAACCAGGAGAAGAUGAUGAAGACACAGGAUGCCUUGUCUAAGGCAGUGGAGUCACAGGGCAAGGCUUUGAAGCAGCUUGCCCGGGAGCACAAGAAGAUGAGGAAAUCACGUGCCCCAGCAGUAGCUCCAGUAGCAGAGCCACAGCAGGAGCAGACUCAGAGGCUUCCCAGGAAGAAGAGGAAGAUCCCCAGUGCAGACGAUGCUGUCAUCCAGUUGGCAGACCCACAGGAGGUCUCCUCCAGUUUGCCACAUGAUGCACCUGACAUCCAGCAAGUCCAGGAACAGGCCCCGAUACUUGAGUUGGUCCUAGCGGCGCACAUUAGACUUGCUCGGAUUCAGCUAUUUAGAGGAGACUUGAGCCAGCUUUAUUUUCAUUCAGACCUUUGUUUGGAUUAUUCUAGUGGCUCUGCACUUGUGACACCGGUUCUGGGAUAG